CGACUCCUCUCGCUGCCCUGUGAGGAGACCGCGGUGCCCACCCUUUCUGCUCACUCUCGUAGCUGGUCGGCCUUGCUUUUCUCCUCCCUCCCUCCCUCGCUCCCUCCCUGCCGCGCCUUUCACUCGCCAGACCGCCUGCACCCGGGGAGCUGCGUCGCCGCCGCCGCCGCCGCCCACGCUCCGCGUCCCCUCCCUCCCCAUCCCCCCGGCACCAUGAUGGAGGAGAUCGACCGGUUCCAGGUGCCCACGGCGCACUCCGAGAUGCAGCCGCUGGAUCCAGCAGCUGCGUCCAUCUCAGAUGGAGACUGUGACACCCGAGAAGGAGAGACUGUGGCCAUGAAUUACAAACCGUCCCCACUCCAAGUGAAAUUGGAGAAACAGCGAGAACUUGCUCGAAAGGGUUCCUUAAAAAAUGGCAACAUGGGCAGUCCAGUCAACCAGCAGCCCAAGAAGAACAACGUGAUGGCCCGAACAAGGCUGGUUGUCCCCAACAAAGGAUAUUCUUCACUUGAUCAAAGUCCAGAUGAGAAGCCAUUGGUGGCCCUUGACACAGACAGUGAUGAUGACUUUGAUAUGUCCAGAUAUUCCUCCUCAGGCUACUCCUCAGCAGAGCAGAUCAACCAAGACUUGAACAUCCAGCUGCUGAAAGAUGGUUACCGGUUAGAUGAGAUCCCAGAUGACGAGGACCUCGACCUCAUCCCCCCUAAAUCUGUGAACCCCACCUGCAUGUGCUGCCAGGCCACUUCCUCUACUGCCUGUCACAUCCAGUAACGGCCAGCAUGGGUCAGGAGCAGGGGCAGAGGGGGAAGGAGGCACA